UGAUCUCCGCUGGAUGUCUGCGAUGAUCGCCGGGCCCCACGCAUCUGGUCCUCAGGAACGUUCUUCGUCAUGUGCUGACACCUGUCUCACUGGAUUUAGAAGAGCUUUAAACCAAAGAAUAUACUGCUGCCAUUCAUGUGCCCCUUGCCCUGCUGGGGAAUAUUCUAAUAAAACUGAUGCAGAUAAAUGUGAACAGUGCCCAGAAGAUGAAUGGCCGAAUUUAGGAAAUACUGCUUGUGUGAAAAGAUCAGUUGAUUUCUUAUCUUUUCAGAAUUUACUUGGAUCAUUGUUGACAUCACUUAUUGUCCUAUUAUUUAUUUUGUCAAUUAUCAUUCUAGUUAUAUUUAUUAAAUAUAAAGAGACUUCUAUAGUUAAAGCCAAUAAUAGAAAUCUCAGUUACACCAUCCUUAUCUCACUCAUGUUGUGCUUUCUAUGUUCUCUAUUGUUUAUUGGUAAUCCAGACAACAUGACUUGUUUGUUACAGAAUAUUAUUUUUAAUUUAGUUUUUGCUGUUGCUGUUUCUUCUAUUUUGGCAAAAACCAUCACUGUUCUAAUUGCCUUUAAAGUUACUAAACCCAAUAAGAGAUUCACAAUACAUAUUAGAAAAUUUUCCCGUGUGUUUAUUAUAUUUUGCCUUAUAGGCGAAUUUGGUAUCUGUGUAUGCUGGAUACAGUUAUAUCCUCCAUAUUCUGAUAGAGAUUCAGUGUCUAAACCUGGGAUUCUUAUAUUACAUUGUAAUGUAGGUUCUCAUGUGAUAUUUUAUUUAGCUCUCGGUUAUAACAGUUUCCUUGCACUCUUAUGUUUUCUUGUCGCUUACUUUGCAAAAAAGUUGCCCGAUAGAUUUAAUGAAGCUCAUCACAUCACAUUCAGCAUGUUGGUGUUCUGUAGUGUAUGGAUCUCAUUUAUACCGGCGUAUAUCAGCACUAAAGGCAAAUACAUGACGGCCGUGCAGGUUUUUGCCAUCUUAGGAUCAAGUGCUGGACUCUUGGGAUUCAUAUUCUUCCCAAAAUGUUUUAUUAUAUUAUUUAGACCUGAAUUGAAUGUCAAAAAAACCCUGUAUAUUAGAGGCAACUAGUGCUCUUUAUUACUUUGUAACUCUUUAAAGAUGUCAUAGACA